UUCUUGGCUGGACUUUUGGCGCCAUCAUGGACAAUAUCAACGUCACCAUUCGCGUUCGUCCGCUCAACUCGCGAGAGCUCAAUGGAGGCCAAGGCCAGACAUGGAGCUUGGAGAACAACAGCAUUGUCCAAUGCAAUGCAUCGGGUCGCCCAAUCCCAAGCUCGUCCUACACAUUCGAUCGCAUUUUUGGAGCCAACUCGAAGACUCGCGAUGUCUACGACCAAGUUGCUGCGAAUAUCGUCAAGUCGGCAAUGGAUGGUGUGAAUGGUACCAUUUUUGCGUACGGUCAAACAUCUUCCGGCAAGACACACACAAUGAAGGGCUCGCCUUCAGAGCCAGGCUUGCUCCCGCUUGCGAUUGAUCAUGUCUUUACAUGCAUUCAAAAGAGCCAAGAUCGUGAGUUUUUGCUGCGUGUUUCGUACAUUGAAAUCUACAACGAAAUCAUCACCGAUCUUCUCAAGCCAGAGAACACCAACUUGAAAAUCCGCGAAAACGUGAGCGGCGAAAUUUUCGUGAGCGACAUUUCCGAGGAAGUGGUCGUUUCGCCGAACGAAAUUCUCAAGCUCAUGGAGCGCGGAGAGAGCAGUCGUCACGUCGGUGAAACCAACAUGAACGAGCACAGUUCGCGCUCGCACACCAUCUUCCGCAUGAUUGUCGAGAGUCGCGACCGCGUUUCCGCCGCCAACAGCCCCGAGCGCCUGUCGAUGGACGGUGCUGUUCUCGUGUCGAGCCUGAACUUGGUCGAUUUGGCCGGCUCUGAGCGCGUUGGACACACUGGAGCGGAGGGCGUCCGCCUGAAGGAAGGUGGUUUUAUCAACAAAUCCCUCCUGACUCUCGGCACAGUCAUUGGCAAGUUGAGCGAUGGCGUGAACGAAUCAGGUCACAUCCCGUACCGCGACUCCAAGUUGACGCGCAUUCUACAGCCGUCGCUUGGUGGCAACGCACGCACGGCGAUCGUCUGCACCAUCACCCCGGCCACCGUCCACUGCGACGAGACCAUCUCCACCCUCAAGUUUGCGACUCGCGCCAAGACAAUCCGGAACAAACCAGUCAUCAAUGAGGUCAUUUCAGAUGAGGCCCUGCUCAAGCGCUAUCGCACGGAAAUCUCCGAGCUGAAGCGCAUGCUGACCGACAAGCGUGAUCCUCAAGACACGCCCGCAGUGACAGCCGAGCUGGCCGAGCUUCAGAAUGAGCGCCAAAAGAUGCAAGAGACGCUCAUCGAGCGCGAGCGCGAGAAGCAGCUGCAGCAGGACAAGAUUGACAAACUGACAAGGCUCAUUCUGGUUUCCUCAACCAACAGCAUUGCAAGCACUGUUGAAAGCCUUGACACCCAUGCUCGACUUGACGAAACGCUCCCCUUCCCGACCAAAGCCAACAAGUCUCGCCGCGAGACGUGGUGGGCGGGUGCCAAGCGCCUUGAUGUCCGCAGCGCAAAUGCAGCUCCGACAGCGCCUCACCCCGGAUCAGCUACAGCUACUACUGCACAACGUGUUGUCAAUGAAAGUGCAGACAUUUCGUUUUCGUCUGCAAGCUACUCUCGCACGGACGACCGUCGCGUCUCGAGCAUCCGGAUGAGCUCGAUUACAGCUGGUCGCUCGGCCGCACAGCGUGUCAGCAUUGCUCCUGUAGCUCACGAUUCUCAGCGUUCGCAACAACACGCUCAAGCAAAGCAAGUGCGGUCAAAGCAAAUGCAACCUGAAAUGCCCCCACCAGAGCAAGCGCAAGACAAAGUGGCAGCUCUCGAGAUGGAACUUCAUGAAGCGCGCGAGCAGAUUCGCAGCAUGGAAGAGCUGCUGGAACAAACGAACGAGCAGCUGCAACUCCAGCUCGAAAACUCCCCGCCGGCCAACGCCAACGCUGCCGACUCGACGCAGAAUCUUGCCAUUCUCAGUCGCCUUGCCACUUUGGAGACAGAGAAGGCUGAGCUGGUUCGGCAGCAUGAGAUCCAAUUGCGCACGUUGGCCGAAAACGAAGACUUUGUCCGCAACGAGAAUCAGGCGCUGGUCGAGAUCCUGGCCACGCUGGAGCAGCAAGUUGUCGAGCUGCAGAAGGAAAAGCUCGCCUUUUCUGAAGCACAAGUCAUGCAUCAACAACAACAACAGCAGCAGCAGCAACUGCAACAACAACACGACGAGCAGCUUCAGCAGAUCGAAAUGCUGCAAAAGCAACAACAGGAGGCAGCAGAGCAGCUGGCACGCGAGUUUGACGAAAAGCUUGCUCUGGCCAAGCGUGAGCACAACACUCAGCUGGCAAACGCAGAGGCUCAAAUCCAGUCGCUUGAACAAGAUCUGGCGGCAGCCGCUUCCGCCGUACCGUCUUCCGAGCCGGUCUCCAACUCGGCCGAGAUUGACACAGUCACUGCCGAUUUUGAAGCCAAGAUUGCCACACUGCAGGCCGAGCACAAUGAACUGCAUCAGCACAUGCUGGCUGAGCACGACCAACUCGACCAAGAGGUUCAAGAGCUUCACCUACGCGUGCAACAGCUUGAGACUGAGGCUGCCGAAAAGGACCACCAUGCUGAAUCGCUGAUGGUAGACUUGGAAAAGCAGACCAUCCUGCAAGAGCGCAUUGAGUUGCAAGCCGAAGAAGCGGAGCGCGCGGCUGCGGCAAAGCUUUGCGAGCUGGAGCAAGCGCAAGCCGCUGCUUUGGCCGAGGUCCAAGCUCUCGCCUCCCAACGUCAAGCUCGAUGCGAGGCACUGACGCAACAGCUUGCGGAGGCUCAAGUGGAGCUUGCUUCCAAGUCCAUGCAAGACCAAGACACCAACCAUGCAGCAAUGGAGCUGGCUGCGGAGCUGGAGACCAAACUGUCAGCUGCGUUGGUGCAGCUCACCCAGACUGGUGUGGAGCGUGAUGCUGCAACCACGCGGGCUGCUGAACUGGAGCAAAUCCUCAGCAAGGCUUGCAAUGACCAAGCGGAGCUUGAGGCGCAGCUGAAGCAAGCUGACAGCGAAGCUGAGUCGCACGCAGAUCGCAUGGCAAGCCUUGUGCAGGAGCUCGAGACUGCGCAAGCAGAAGUUGCCCUUCUCAAGGAGGAGCAACAGAGUGUCCAGAGCAACCUUGAACAAGCCUUGCAGUCCCAACUGGCAGACGCCCAGGACAAGCUAGCGCUCGCACAAUCGACGGUCGAAGAGCUAAAGCAGCAGUUGGCCUCCGUCGACACUGCUCAUGCCGCACUCUUGGAAGAAGUCGUGACCCUUCAAGAGCAAACCGCCGCGCAAGCUGACAGCACCAGCGAGUCCCAAGAGCAGCUCAAGCAACAGCUGGCCAAGGCUGAGGCAAAUCUCUCCGAGGUGCAGACAGCUCUGAACGAGAGCGUACUGCAGAAAGCCAGUCUGCAAACCGCCUUGGACAACACCAAGGCCUCGCUGCAGAACAACAAGCAGACUGUUUGCGAGCUGCAAGCAGAGCUCGAACUGCUCAACGGCUCGCUCGCUUCAUUCCACGACGAAAGCGACACUGAGUUUGCUCGGCUUCAAGCAGAACUGAGUGGAGCGACGGAGCGCGCUAAUGCAAAGGAGGCAGCCGUUGCGGAUGCCUUGGCUCGCGUCGAGCAAGCCAAUCUGGACCGUGACCGCACUCUGGCGGAACUUGGCGAGCUGCAAGCCUUGAUGGCAACUCAAAGCGCAACGCUCGUUUCCGCGGAAGUUGUGGAAAGUAUGCAACGGCAGCUGGCUCGAUCCACCGCCAUCGCUGCCGAGCAUGAGUCUGCCUGCCGAGACUUGCAAGGCCAAGUCUUUGCCAUGCGCGACGAAAUCCGCAACAAGACACUUGAACUCGAUGUGCUUCAGACGGAAAAGGAGCAGUAUGUCGCACAAGCGGUGUCGGCAACUCAGCGCAACGAGGUGCUUGAGGCCCAGCUGGCCCAGGCACAGACCCUUUCAGCAGAGCUGGAGGGCAGACUUUCUGACGCAUCUGAGGAUGCUCUGAAGCUGACUGAGCAAGCGCGUGUCGCACAGAGCUCGUUGGAAACGGCUUUCUCCGACCUUGAGGAGACUCGCGCACAGCUGCAAAGCACAACGGCCGAUCUGGAGGCGUUGCAGCAGGAUUAUGCGGCAUGCGAGGCAGCGUUGAUUGCCCAACGCAGUGCAGCUCAAUCUCGCAGCGCUGAUGUUGAGGCCAUUCUGGCUGAAAAGUCGCAGCUCGAGGCGCUCAUUGCCAAGGGACGCACUCACGUGGAGGGUCUGACUGCGCGACUGAAUAGCGCGACGCAACAGCUGCAAGAGCGCUCCAGUGCCAGCUCGAGUGCAAUCGAUGCACUGCAGGCGGACAUUGAAGGGCUUGCGUCCAAGCUCGACCAAGUCAAUGCUGAGCAUGCCACAACCCAGGAGCAGCUUCAUCAGGCCCUCGAUCAAUGCGAGGCAGCUGUUGCUGCAGAGGCCUCGUUGCGCGCGGAGCAGCUCGCUCAACUCGAUGCUCUGCGCCAGGUCCAUUCCACAGAAUUGGCGGGCGUUAAGGCGGAUGCGAGCGCCCUUCUGGAUGCCGCAAAGCAGCAGCAUGCAGAAGAGGUGGCCAAGUUGCAGCACCAAGCCCAAGAGGCGCUGUGCUAUGCCGACUCGGUCCAAGCCCGCCUGGAGCUUGCUGAGCGCGAUAGCAGCGAGAUUGCCAACGCGGCGGUUGUUCUCGAGAAGGAGGCAAUUGCUGCUCGACAGGAGGCGGCCACCAUUCGUCAAGCUCAUACCGCGCUUGCUGCGCGCUGGGCCGAGAUCGAGAAACGCCAGCAGAGCAUGGUCGCGAGUGCAGUCCAAACGGACGCGCCGCGACCGCGCAACCUGACUGCAUCAGCGGUAUUCACGGAUGCGGUUGUCGACUUUGGCUGCGAUCGUAGUGCAACUCCUGCGCCCGCCACGCACGCACCCUCGCCUCGUGGGUUGGAUUACAAGACAUCCAUGACAUCUUCGCCGACACCGAUUCCUGGCUCUGCGGCAGUUGGCUCGACGGUUCUCGCUUCAACCGCCAGCCUGUGCUCGCCCAGCAGCUCGCAAUCGCAACCAGUUGCUCUCACGUCAAGCUCGCUGGCAAGCAAAGCGGAGCUCCCUGGGAAUUCCAAGCCGAUCGAAGUCUCGUCAGAGCCCGUUUGCGACCCAGUCGCGGCUGAAUCAACCGCCGAUCUUCCGACGUCGGACGUGGAAAUGUCGGCUGAAGUUGCUGGGUGGUCCUCGCCAUCGACAUCGACAUCAACAGCGUCCCCUGCACCUGCAGCAAACGUGCCCGUCAAGGCGGCGCUCAAAUCCGCGUCUUCGGCAACUGGUGGGCCAAAGCAAGUCAAGUUUGCCGAAACAGCGACUGCAACCACCGAAGACAACGAGCUACUCGUGCAACCGCUUGCCAGCGACAAGGAAAACGACCAAAGCGACCAGCUUGAUUCAAUGUCGUCGUUCGCGGCGUCCGACAAGAGUGCCUUGGAGGCGGACAGUGCGCUCCACAGCGGGUUUGCAGCUCUCCUGUCCGGAUCGUCGUCAGCGUCGGUCCUGGACGCCAAGUGUGUGUCUUCCAACUCUACGUCCGGCUCGCUGUCACAUUUGCGAUCCUUCUCAACGGCGCCCUCGCUGGCUGUCGCGGGCACUGGCCUGCUUCGCGCAUCCAACCGAAUGCGCCCGUUGGUUGCCUCGUCCCGCAAGAGCACUGCAAUUGUCGCCGGCGAUGUGAAUCUGGACAUGACGGUCAGCGACGGCCGAGCGCCGCUUCCUGCCGCCACUGCCACUCCUGCCGCCGCCGCGUCGUUCGGAUUGCCUGCCACACCUGCGAUCGAGCAGCCCGGCGAUUGUGCUCAGCAGUGAUUGUACUUUUUUGUAGUUUAAUUUUCAUGUUCGUGUAUGUGCUGAUUUGUAGUCAAACAAAAGAAAGAAGAACGAAAAAAAAUCCCAA